GUGUGUAGUGAGGUGAUUGCACCGUGUUAAUUUUUUUUCUUUCAAUUUGGGCUCUGGUGUUUAAUUUCGUUAGCCUUCCUCCUCCGCUCGUGUCGUCGUCUCCACCACCCACGUUGGGUUCUAGCCACGUCUCUGUCUUCCUCUCCCUCUCGUUCUCCAUCUCGUUACCUCUCUGCUGCCAACCCGACCCAAGGUUGUUCGUCGCCAGCAUGGGUCUGGCGAAGGAUGGCGCCGAGAUGGAGGAGGGGACAUUGGAGAUUGGCAUAGAGUAUAGGACUGUCUCCGGUGUGGCAGGGCCGUUGGUUAUUUUGGACAAAGUAAAGGGCCCAAAGUAUCAGGAGAUUGUGAACAUCCGAUUGGGAGAUGGCACCACUCGUCGUGGUCAAGUCCUCGAAGUCGAUGGUGAAAAAGCUGUUGUGCAGGUAUUUGAAGGUACUUCAGGGAUAGACAACAAGUAUACUACUGUGCAGUUCACAGGCGAGGUUUUGAAAACUCCCGUCUCACUUGAUAUGCUUGGACGCAUUUUUAAUGGCUCUGGAAAACCUAUUGAUAAUGGCCCCCCUAUAUUGCCCGAGGCUUACUUGGAUAUUUCUGGUGAGUUAUUUCAUGUUAUCGUAAACUUUCUUAUGCUUAGGGUAGACAAGUGGCAUGGACACUUCUUAGGAGAACUGGAGAUUAGUUAAAUAAUCUAUUCUUUGUGAAAGGCUCCAUCUUAACUUAUGGUAACCUUU